AUGGAACGAAUCUCAGAAGAAAUUUUGAAACAACAAUUGGAGUUAAAAGAAGCACUAAGAAUUCACAAAAUAAAAGAGCAGGAACUGAUUGGAAAGGAAGUGGAAUUAAUCGAUAAGGAAAUAGAAAUUAUAAAAUCUCAACUUAGAAUGAAGAAUCCACUUGAAGAGAUUAAAUUAAAAGAACCUAAGAAAUGGUAUGCAGUAUUUAACGGACCAUUUCCAGGAAUUUAUGAUGAAUGGUAUAAAGCAGCCCCUCACUGUACAAAAAUCACAGGAGUUACUUAUAAAGGGUAUGCCACCAAAGAAGGAGCUGAAAAAGCAAUGAAUGAUCAUAGAGAAUCAGAAAAAUCAAGAAAAGAGAUUUAUCUUGGCCCAAGAACUUUUUCAGAAACAACAAAGAAUAAUGCACCAGAAAGAACAUCCAUAAAAAUCUUAGGAAGAAUUCCUUCUUCCCUGGAUAAUUUGCCAAUUAUGUCUCGAAAAGAGCAUGAAAAUCAGGUUAAAUUCUCUGAAGAAAAAUUUAAGGAGAAUUUAAAAAGACUUACUUACUGGACCGAGAAAGAAAAUACUAAUUGUUUCUAUAUGGUGCAUAGAAAGCUUUUUGGAGUAAAAGCUAUAACUACACCAGGAGCAUCCCAAUUACUAACAUUUAAUAUGUUCCAAUUUGGACUUAUUGAAUGCCUUUAUUUAACCUAUCCGGAUUUUACAACGAAUCAACCAGCCAAGCACUUUGUCUUCACUGGAGUAAGCAAUAUUCAAUUUCCUUUAAGAGAUGACUCAAAAGAAGAAAUGUAUGAUGAUGAUCACUUAAAUAUAGUUUUAUCUAAUCAACUUUCAAGCAUAUUCUUUCAAUGUCAAGCUAUUGGAAAGAAUUCAUGUGUGAAAGUAUUGUACAAAGCACCUAAUCUCCUACUACUAAGCAAGACAAGUGGAAAAGCAAUAAAAGAUAGAGAUAUCCAUCUAUUGACAUCUUUUGAGCUACCAUUCUAUGCAUUCAAUAUGGAGACAAUGAAUUAUAAGCCAUGUGUACUUAAGGAGUUAUGUUCAAGUAUAAAAAAGAGUGAAAAUCAUGCAUGUGAAAGAUGUUUUCAAGAAAAAGAUGCCGUGGAAGUGACCAAGUGUCUAGAAAAGUCCAUGUGUCUUAAGGAUGAGGACAAGGAGGAAGCAAUAAUAGAGUCAUGA